AGAGCCCUCCCCGCCGCUGAACAGCUCUGCAACGCACCGCCCAGCCAUGCGUUCUUUCAUGGGACUGGCUCCUCCUCCCUCUCGGUCCCUGUCUCUGUUACCUCGCCCCAAUCAGCCCUUCACUGCUACCCUGGCCUGCACGUCACUGGCCAGCGUUCACCCCGCCGCGCGCCAUUGGUUAAGCUCCUAUAGCAGGACAUCCCUCUCUCACUGUGGACUCACGGAGCCCCAGCAGCAGCAGUGGCAGGAGCAGCAGAACCCCAUGAAUGACCUUAGCGGGUGCAGGGAAGGGGGUCCCUCCUCCCCCUCCCUCCCGCCUGGCGUGC